AUGGCAACGAGCCUGAGCCUGCAAUACAGUACAGCAUGUACAGAAUGUAACCAACCUGUUAACCCUUUUAUUGAGGAAAUGCUGCUACAACUAGAGCAGUCUGAACAAUAUACAACUACUUUAAAAUUGUGUGGAAAUAAUCGUCUGGUGGAAGGAAGGAGAGUUUCAGAUGACGAUUUUCUAGUUAUUUCUUAUGUUCUGAGACAGAACAGCUUCAUAGAAGGUCUUGACUUGAGGUUCAACAAUUUGACUGACAAAGGCGCAGUACAUAUUGCAAACUUUCUUCAGGAAGGAUGUUCCUUACUUUGUUUAAAUCUUAUGGGAAACGACAUUGAAACAGAUGGAGCAGAACUAAUUGCAAAGGCUUUGCAUAGGAACGAUACUCUAAGGAGCCUAACGAUGACAGGCAACAAAAUAGGAAACAAAGGAGCUAUGUUCUUUGCUGCAAUGUUACAAAUCAACUCAACACUUGAAGAUCUGGACCUUGGAGACUGUGACUUGGGAAUUCAAAGUUUAAUAGCCUUGGCCACUGUUCUACUUAGAAACAACUCAAUCAAGUCUAUUAAUCUAAACCGUCCUUUGUUCUAUGUGCUACAGGAAGACACAACCAUUCACAUAUCGCUGAUGCUAAAAACAAACAACACUCUUCAAGAGCUCCAUUUGUCUAAACAUGAAAUGACAGAUUUUGGACUUGAGCGACUCUGUGAAGCCUUGCACAAAAACACUGCGCUGAAAUAUCUUGAUCUCAGCUGUAAUAAAAUCAGCCGCGAUGGAGUUAAGUGUUUAGCCGAAUUGCUAAAGACAAAUACCACAUUGGAAAUCUUAGACUUGACAUCAAACAGGAUGGAGGAUGAGGGUGCCAUCCACCUCGCUGAAACCAUUCAUACAUACAACAGCGGUCUCAAGGCAUUGGCAGUUGUGAGCAACAAUAUUACUGGGCAAGGCCUAAAGAUUCUGGCGGCUGCAAUCCAAGCAAACACAAGUUUAGAAUACAUUUACAUAUGGGGAAAUGUGCUGGAUGAAUCUGCCUGUGUGGCAUUUUCAAAUCUACUUUCCACUGGACGCCUGAGCAACUCCUCCACUGAUGUAAAGCCAUAUGUAGUAGACGGGCGUGUCUAUCUUGCUGAACUUUUUCAUGGACUCAAAAAGCAUUAUUACUGGACCCCAAGUUAUGGUAUUGCAGAUGAUCCUGUGUGCAAUUCUGCUCUUGCAUUAAGAAAUUAUUAG